GUGCGCACCUGUUGAGUGUCGCGUUUAAUUGGUUCUGUUUUGCUGGUACAUUUUUAGGAAAUUUCUAAAAUGUUUGGACGAGGUAUGCAGCAAAACUUCAAGGGCUCGUCCCCAGCAGUUAGGGAUCCGCGUAUUGUACAGGGACAAUACGCCAAUAUGGCUGCUCUACGCCCUCCUUUCCCAGGAAGAGCAGGACCAUGUGUGAACGCUGCACAAAACCAGUUCAUGGCUCUUCAACGCCAGCAAAACCCAGGGGCGGCUGGUGAAAGCAGGAGAGUUAAUGGUUGCAACGUGGACAACCUUCGAGAUGCACAGCAGCGCAGCGCCGCACGGCGAUUGCAGGGUGUCCUUCCUGCGGUGCUAAAUGCGGAGGAGCUGCAAUCCUCGCGGUAUCACUACAGAGAUACGGCACCUCCAGCUUGUUCCUGGUGGUCCCAACGUAUUGCGCUUAGUGGCCAGCCAUCUUUUUCUGGUCAGGCGCCACACCACUUCCAAGGUGACUUUUAUCCCCAGCCAUCGGGUCAGCAGACGGCAAGUCCAGUGCCGUCAUACUACACGACAAGAGCAGACUACCGGUCUCCUGGCCCCAGCGGCGUGAAGCCACCUGUUGAGUGCCCAUCCCGGCCCCCAACUGUCCACAAGCCGAUAAUUGAGUCCGGAAUGGGAGCCAGGCGCAGUCACCCUCCUCGGCAGCCUCGUCAAAAUCAUGGCUCAUUGGCGCAGGCAGGAGUUGCCAAACGUCGUCGUCGCAAAAAUACGGCCCGGGCUUCACAGGCAGCUUCCUCGUCGGCAUCAACUGCCGUCCGAUCUGCACAAGCGGCUCCCUCAUCUGCUGCUUCGUCUGCCGCCCAGCUGGCAUCCUCGUCAUCAGCUUCUGUGCCUGGGAGUGCCACUCUAGACCGCAGAUUUCUUAAAGUGCGCUCCACUUGCACCAAAUGGGCCAUCCGUGAUUUGCACCAUGGUAAAGCAUGCAGCAACUGCACCAUUAGGUUCACUGCGGCUCAGAAGAAGGAGUACGCACUCCACCUUGACGCCCACUUCCUCGAGAACCGGCGACUCAAAGAGAACGCCUUCAGUCGUGGGUGGUUCGCCAAACGAGAGGAAUGGUGUGGCGGGGAACAAACAUUUGCGAUUACUGUGCGUGUGCAGCCCACUGAAACAGAGGUGGCGGAGGAGGAGAAAGAGGAGUUGCCUACCUUGCCCGCGAGGGCAGAAGAACCGGAGAAGUGCGGCGGCUGCUUCGAGGAGUUUGAUCAAACCUUCGACCAAGAUGCUGAGGAGUGGCGGCUUCAGAACGCCAUAAUGGUGGAAGGCGUUCACCCUCAAGUGCCUCAAGCCUUUCACCCUCAGUGCCGCCCAAGCAGCUAAUUAGCGCUGAGGCGGAGAUCAAGAACGAGAAAUGACCAAGCAGGUCAGACGAAAAAGGGGCCCAAACAAAUGAAUUCAAUUUAUACGCAUUAUUUACUGAACCCACAGUGACACACGACGGACGAUCGGCUAAUUGUAAGCCAAGCCUUAAAUUUAUCUGUCCUCACGCAGCAACUGCAACUAAAAAAGAUCCGGUUUUAAUCUCAGUGUUGAGAACUUUGGAUUUGACGGAGGACAAGGAAAACUGCCAAUAACGACUGAGAGGAGCCGGUGCGCGUUUAUCGAGCUUCUUCACACAUGAGCUCAUUGGCGGGAAGCAAAGGUUAGGGCAGACGAUGGAGGAAUACAAUGGAAGCUAUGGUGUUCAUUUGUGUGAUGCGGUACAGCAAGAGCACGGAUUUGACAGCAGCCAGCAGAGUUGAAGUCCAGCACUAUAUACCUGCUGCAACAUAAUCCGUGUACUCAAAUUAGAAGUUGUAAAUAGAGACGAGGAUUUUUUCCCCGGUAACUGCUGUAUAUAGAAAAAAGCAAUUUUUGUCAACAAAUUUUCAAAUGUUUUAUAUUAUACCUAUAUAUAUAUUUUAAUGUACAUUUGUAUACAUUGUAUACUUCAUUUUAAUUAUAUAUCACACUUAUAUUUUAAUGUUUAAAUGUGAACAAUUAAGUGAUUUAAUUUACAACCUUUUUUUGCUCUUUUUAAUCCCUGUCUGAGGACUGGGAAGGGCGCGCACUGCACUAUAGCAAGAAUGCUGACACGCGGGUCCCAAUAACACAGCGAACGGAUAACACCAUAUGCCGCACAGGGCCCAGCCCACUGAGGGGCCACUUUCCCUUCAUUGCAAUUAAAUAUUUUAGUAAAUUAUUGGAAUUAAACAAAUCAAUAUUGGUUUAUCAGCAGAGAUUAUUUUUUCAAUAAUUUUUUUCUGAUGCUAAAAAAUUGAUUAUAAUAUAAUAGCUGGGAAAUUCACUGAUAUGAUCCAAACGAAGUCAUUAUCUCUAAAUGAACUUACUUCGCAACAUUGUCUUCAACUACUUCAGAUAGAAAGUAAGAUUAUAUCGGCCUUUUAAAUAAUUUAGAGGAAUUUCUUAACUCUUUCAUAUAUUAGCUUAAUAGUUAAAAUUUUUGUGAUAAAAAAUAAAAAUAGUGAUUUAUAAUAAACUAGAUUCUAAUUUACCAAUUAAAAUAGGAGGGAUAUAUUUAAAUUAAAUAUUUUUACUGAAAAUAUCUGCCAUUUAUCAAUGACAAUAAAUAAUCACGCAAAAUUCUCAUUGAUCGACAUUCCUUCAAAAGAAACAAAAUUAAUUCCACAAGUCGGCGCCAAUUUUAGCUCUCUACUCUAAUUGGAUUAGAGAUGAAGAAGUCUUAAUGUUCAUAUGAAAAACAACAGAUGGCGUCUUGUUGAUCACAAAUUCCAGCACUAAAAAACUGUACCA